CAGCCCGCCGAACCUAGGGUUUAUGAGCGCCGCAACACUAUAAAAUGGAGCCUCCAAAGCCCGCCGCACCGCAGCCACUGCCACCCGAGCGAAGCAGGUCGGCGGCGCGUCACUCCAAUCUCCGGUAAGUAGAAAUGGCGACGGUUCCGGAUUCUCUGAUCUGGGAGAUCGUGAAGAACAACAACUCCUUCUUGGUCAAGCAGUUCGGCAACGGCAAUGCUAAGGUUCAGUUCAGCAAGGAGCCCAACAACCUCUACAAUGUCCACUCCUACAAGCACUCUGGAAUUGCAAACAAGAAGACUGUGACAGUGCAAUCGGCAGGUGGCAAGGAUAUGGCGGUGGUCCUCUCGACUACCAAGACAAAGAAGCAGAACAAGCCUGCAAGCCUCCACCACAAAUCUGUCAUGCGCAAGGAGUUCCGCAAGAUGGCCAAGGCUGUCAAGAACCAGGUCGGUGACAACUACUACAGACCUGAUCUUACCAAGCCAGCUCUUGCAAGGCUGAGCGCAGUGUACCGCAGCCUCCAGGUUGCCAAGUCUGGUGUCAAGAAGAAGAACAGGCAGCCAAACUGAAGACACAAGGGUCAAUGAGCCUGUUUUCUGGAUGAUUGUCGGUGUCUAUGUUUCCGUCCAUCUAGAUUUGUUACGAAAGUAUGUGACUGAAGAUGAAUGAUGUGCUCACUUGAGGCUGCUACGAAUUUUCCUGGUAGGUUCCACCUAUGUAUCCAUGACAUAUUAUAAAGCCUCUGAAAAUCAUUUUCGUAAUGCUUUUGGGUA